AUGCCUUCUCGAUCAUCUGAUGGAUCUCCUUGCCCUGACGCAACAAGGGACAUUCUCUCUAAUGCUCUUGGCUCGGACGUAAAUCCUCACUCUCACACGAUUUCUACAGCGGAAUUAACAGUAUCCCUACCUGCAGCGGCCUUAUCGUCAAAUCCUUCACCGAGUACUUUUACUUCACAGUUAUCCACAUUUGGUUUAUCUUCGGAAGUCCUUUCUAGCUCUCCUGUUCGAGGGUCCUGGUUAUAUAAUGUGCCUAUCACGACACCGAAUACUUCUAUUCCCUUCUCUUCGCCAGUUUCAAUUGCGACAGUGCCUAUUAGCCAGUUUAGAGGAUUUUCUCCAUCCUCCAAUUGCUAUCUCACUCAACCGUUUGUUUCUAACAUACCUCCCACCACUCCUACUGCAUUUUAUAUAUUCCAACAGAGCUCUAGACCUCCCCCACCCAUGAUCUCAUUGCCUCUUUCGACACAGUCGCAGGCACCUAUUCAGCAAUCUUCGAAUCAAUUGCAAAAUGCAUUACCUCCUGUUUCAUUUAUUCCAGGGAGUGGAGUGCGUCUUCCAUGUCAAGGAUUUGCUUAUCCACCUAGUAGUGGCAUUGAUUUAAACACCCGUCAUACUAGAUUUGGUACGUUCUCUAGUCUCUCGGGAUCAAGCGUGUCUACAACUCUAUCUUCUAUCCUUAGUCAGGCUUCAGCUUUGCUCCCCAGGAUUCCACUUCCACCGGCUUCUUACCACUCUCUUACACCAGUCACUUCCGUACCGGCAACCUCUACAGGAUCCUCUGUUAGAACCUUUUCAUCUCUUCCUUCUCCGUUACUACCUGCCGUUCCUCUACAAGGGGAGAACGGAUCACAUCUAGUCUCAGGUGGGGUAUUGACGCUGAAUUGUACUUCGGAUAUACAAAAAAUGCCACUCGCUAUUACGAUGGCCACAUUCCCUACUAAAACUGCUACUGCCACCCUAAAUUCUUCUCCAGCAUCUUUGAGUGUGCUUUCUGGCAAACUUCCCAUUCCACCUCUAACUAGCCAAACAACUAUAAGCCCAACCACUACUUUACAGAUGUCUCCAUUUCACCUAAGAAAAUCAUAUUUCCCACAAGCCUCAUCUGCUCUUGCAAAUGCUUGCCUUUCCAUAAACCGUCCUGUUAGAAGUCACGAAAACCCAUGGAUCAAUAAUUUGUCAAAGAGGCGUUUUUCUACUUCGCCCACUCCAGCCAUUUCUGGAUUAAGCACUCAAGUGACAUCUCAUUCCGCCUCAGUUACUGCAUCAUCUGAGCCUAAGUCCAUGUUCUUACCUGAAAGUGAGCCUAAGCUAGAAGAGUCUCAAAAGUCUGUUUCGCAAUCAUUACAGUCAACUGGUGCCUGUCCAUCGAACCUUAAAGAGAUUGUCUCUAUAAAUCCCAUAUUUAAACACGAGCCUAGAAAACGCAAAAUUCCUCAUCAGGCGACCAAACCCACAUCACAGGCGAUUUUGGAUUCUUCCGCUCCAAGAUUUGGAGAGAAAAAAUCUAUUCCUCAGAUUGAUUGUGAUCUAUCCAUUUCCAAAUUUUCAAAGUCUACAUUGGGGAGCUGUGAGAAAGAAGCUAAUUCAUGCAAACAGGAUGUAUUCAUUUUAUCUGCUGACACCACUACACCUAAGUGCGAUUCCGUUUUUGUCGAUAGUUCUCUGAUCCAGUCAAAAUCCUCUUAUGUGCCCACACUAGACUCUAUUCUCUCUCUUACUGAAGUUCAGGGACUUACACCUCCGACUGACUAUAUUCAAGCGGCAAAGUCAAACCAUCCAUCUUCCGCUGCUGGGCCACAUUCAUCUUUGGCUUCACACUCAAAUUUGUUUUGCUCGUCAUUGCCGUCCACUGCGUUAGUAACUCGCAAAUACGAUCGUCCGGGUGAUCAUUCAGAUCCUGGGCAAAGCCAGGCACAGAUAUACCAGGAUCAGCUUCAGUCUCAACGUCAAGAUCAUCAGCAACCUCAUUUUGUUCAAUCCCAGGGUAUAUUAUAUUCUGUUAAUUCUCCCCUCCAACUGUAUCCCCGAGAUUGUUCCGUGCAAAUGAGUUCUACUCCUCCAGCCAACUUACUUCUUUAUUCACACCUCGAAAACUCGCUAGUUAACUCAAGCCCAUGCCCAAAGUUGGAUCGCUUCACUACGAAACCAAGUGUUACCUGCCUCCAGACAACAUUAAGAAAUACGCCGAAUCCCCAAAAGAUGCUAUCUACUCCGAUCAUGCUUUCACAUUCGUCAGCCACUCCUGCCUUAGAUUCAGUAGGCUGUAUUAAUGGAAUGACUGAUGUUCCGUUUAAUAGCCAGCUCUUAUCUUCUAACAUGCAAAUGAUCAAAAUGUCUAAAUCCCCACCCAUGACGUUGAAUUCAAAAUCUUAUACCGAGCAAGAUGAGAGCUCUCGUUCCCUUGAUCAGACCUCAGAGGCUGCUAAACUACUAGAUCCCAAACACAUAAUCGAAGCUGGCGCCAAGGCAACCCAUACCAGGAUAACUUUAUUUGCGCCU